ACUCGUUGUCCUUGCGUCACCGCAUGGUCAACCGGAUGUUGAGAUCAACGUGGUAUCAGUAGAAGUAGAAGGUUUGUUUUUUUUAUUCCACAAUUAAUGCCACUCAGUGAUAACUAACCGACAUGACUGAAAGUAAAGGAAAAGCGAGUUCUAAGCCCGGAAAACAGUUACUGUCGUUGAAUCCUGAGCAAGAAAAUGAGUUUAAAAAGAAGGUAAAGGAGGUGAAGAAGUUCAAGGGCAACCGUUUGACACCUGGCGUGGUAUAUGUCGGCCAUUUGCCACUUGGGCUCUUUGAGCCACAGCUCCGAGACUACUUCGAACAGUUUGGAACAGUUUUACGGCUACGACUAUCUAGGAGUAAAAAGACGGGUGGAAGCAAAGGCUACGCAUUCGUGGAGUUUGAUUGUGAUGAAGUCGCCAAAAUUGUAGCUGAGACUAUGAACAACUACCUGAUGGGAGAGAGACUCAUUAAAUGUCAUGUAAUUCCACCAGAGACAUUGCACGAGAAGCUGUUUGCCGGCUCCCAGAGGACUUUCAAAAAGCCUUCUAAGCCAGCUGUUGCCCGCUACAACAUGGAGCGAACAAGUGACCAAGUUUCCAAAAUGACCAACAAGCUCUUGCACAAAGAGGGAAAGCUCCGCAAGAGGCUUGCAGCACAAGGCAUUGAUUAUGACUUCCCAGGAUUUGCUAGCCAUGUACCCCAGAAGAAGAAGCCUGAUUCCUUGAAUGAGUCUGCAUGCAGUGAUGACACCACACCACUGUGCACGCCUUCUUUCCUGGAGCGAAGGAAGUCCAUGGUCUGUGAUGAUGAGGAUGAGAUUGUCGUCAAGAUGCCGUCGGUAGACAAAGAUGAGUGCUCCUCAGAGGAAGAAGAAGAGGGGGAGGAAGAGACAGAGAAGGCCGGUGUGAAGGAUGGUGAUUCUGAGUGACGAAACCUGUGGCGCUAUUGAGACAUUUAUACAGAGAUGCGUAACCAGAAUCUUGUUUUCUGGUGGACUCCUUUCUCUUGGUUUCAGAGCUGUUACAGUGUAUACUGUUCUGAUGCAAGUUUUAUUCAUACAAAUGUCACAUCCCCCAUCAAAAAGAUCAUAUCAU